AUGCUUUACUGGAUUCAGCAACUGAAGUUAGAAUCCGCAAGCAUGGCAAAGAAGAUUGAGCUUCUUGAAAAUUCUAAAAGGAAGCUGCUGGGACAAAGCGUGAGUUCUUGUUCCUAUGAUGAACUCAAAGAAAUUGAGGAUCAGCUGCAGAGAAGUUUGCUAAGAGUCAACCAGAAAAAGGCUCAACUAUAUAUGGAGCAGAUUGGUCAACUACGAUCCCAGGAGAGUAACAUGCUCGUAGAGAAUGCCAAAUUAACUGAAAUGUGUCAGAGGGUGGAAAAGACAUCCCAACAGCAAUGGCCUAGACACUCACAAGUUGAAACAGAAGCAGAAGCAGCACCUAGCUGUUCUAGUAGCCAGCGUUUAGAAGUGGAUACAGAAUUAUUUAUUGGACUGCCAAAGCAGGGUUGCUAA